AUGCUUCCCCCUGCACCUCAAGAAAGCCCAAGAGAGUCCCACUUUGAAGAAGAGGAGAAUCUUCAUGCAACUGAAUGUAAAGAUGGGGACACAAAAGAGAGGAAGGCAGCAGGACAAAUUCAGGUAACACAGAAAAAUGCUCCAUUGACACCACAAAAAAAGAGAUCUGUGACUGAACAAGCCUCGGAAGCACCUAAUGUUGAUAAAAUUGGGAGUCAAGGCAAAGACAACAACACCGUUUCACAGAGAAAAGAGAAAACUGUUGAUAAACAAGAUUUGACUGAAAAGAAGCCAGGCAGAAAACUGAAGAAAAAUACCCGAGGUACUAAGGCACAAAAAAAGAAGGACAAGGACAAACAAGCAGUAGAACAGAAGGUGGACUUCCCAGAACCACUGGUAAAAGCUCACCAAGCUGCAUAUGCCUUUUUGAAUCCUAGCAUAAACAAAUAUGACGAUCUACUUGAACUUUUGGAACAAGCAACCCAAACACAGGUUUCUGUCCAGCCUAUGGUUGCUUUCAUGGCUCUGCGGUAUGAGGAAAUAACCCAGGGGCUGGAAGAGAUGGCGGACGAGGGAGAAAAAGUUUUGAAAGAAAAUGGAGAACAUCUCGCUUGGCCAAGUCAAAUAAAAAACCUCUCAUCUUCUUCAUCUCUGAAGUCUGGCUCCGCUAAUAUUGAGUCCCCACCAGAUUUGUUGCAGCAGCUGCUCCAGUACACCACACAGAGGAUGCGAAAUGUGAGCCAGACGGUUGGUGGAAUUGGGGAUUCUGCUUUGGUGGAGGCGGUUGAGUACUUUGCGUCUGUCACAGAGCUUUUAGAGGAGAAACUGAAAGUCAAACGUGCAGUAGAGACCAGGCUUAUGCAACUCUUAUCUCGCAUUGAAAUGGCCUCUCUGCACAAGCCUCGACCAGAGGAUUCUGCUCUCUUCAGUGAGGACAGUGGUAUUGGGGCUGAGAGUGAAUCCCUUGCUGGAUCUGAAAGGCGCUAUCGACGAGAGAGUUGUGAAUCCAAUGGGACCAAUAGAACUACUCCUGUCAGUCCAAUGGGAUACACCUCCAUGAACGUUAGACGAGGAGCGUCAAGGCAAAAGCUUGCAAGGCAAAUUAGUCCGAGUGUUUCCCUCACUUCCCUCAACUCACUAGGUUCUACAUGUACCAUAAUGGCCAAUGACCAGAGAGACUCAUUGCUAGGUUCUGUCUCCUUUGAUGAUGAUGACAACAAUGAAGACGAGGAAACUGAUAGAGGCAGGGGAGAAGUGCAAGUUGGUUUUCUGAAGCGAUCAAAUUCUUCUCCUCUAAACCGUGAACAACAACACCCACGUCGCCUACCACCGAAGCGUAUAGAGAAUCCUCAAAAUGUAGAAAUGACACUCAAAAUGAAAAAUGCUAUUAGUGGCAAGAUACAAUUUGUCCCAUCACAGAACUCUAGCGUGAAAACAAAGGCAGCCGGAAGCCCUAAAACCAGUAGACGCCAGUGGACAGACGAGAAGGAAGGAUCCCCCAAAAGGCCUCAGACAUCUGUUCUGAGGGCCGUGGUAAAAAAGACCCCAGUGAAUAGGGAGCAGCGUUCCAGGUCAGCAGAAUCCCUGCGAAGCAAAGGUGAAGAUCCGACUUUGCUUGAGCUAGCCAGGACCCAGAAAGAUUUAAACCAGCGGCUGCAGAGGAUGAACAAAAGCAAGGUGAGUGGAAAUGCCAGAACUACUCCAUCUAAACAAAAUCAAGGAACCUCACCGGCACAAUCUCCAGCAAUGAAUCGCAAACAUCCCCCGUUAGAAGAGAAAAAAAGCAAUCCCCAAUCUCUGAAAGGCAAAGAAGACCUUAAAAGGUGCAACAGUAAUGAACAAGAGGUAACCAAUGAUGUGCAAGAAGAUCAAAUUAAGGACAAGAAAACAUCCCACGGUCCAAUAAAAGCCACCCCACCCCCGAGUCCUCCUCCAUCACCACGACCAUCUUCAGGCCUUCACAGAGGCAGAAACUCUGUCAAAAAACUGAUUGAUACCUUCAGUCAAGGAAUAGAGGAACUAGACAGCCCUAAAGAUCUGGGGCCUCUCAAAGGGGUAAGGAAGUGUGGUGUUCCUGUGUUGCCCGGUUUAGGAAAUGUUGAAGCUGUGCUUGUCACUGGGAUAACUAGCUGUAGACCUGACUCUAAUUUCUUAGAGAAAAGUGAUUACUUUGAUCUGGAAAGUCUUCCUCCACCCCCACUGGAAGUUUUAAUGGACAAUUCCUUCGAAAGGGCCCAAAGUCUCUCAGCUGGUGUUAUGGAUGAUGGGGCUUCAAAGGUCAGAAAUACGCCUGUAGUAAAAAGGGCUUCAGUUUCACAACGACUAAGGGCCUCAGUUCAGGCAGGGACAGUGCUGCCAAGCAGAGGAGGAAUGCCUCAAACUGCCAAGGUUAGUUUCUUUGAUAGAGCUGAUCAAAAAGGCCCAUCUCCUCCUUCAAAGGCCAGUCCAUCAAAUGUUCAACUGCAGGCAGAAAAGGAAAAUGAUUCAUUCUACCAGCAAGCCAGAAAGAUCAUACACCAAAGACACACUUCAAACUCAGAGAGUAUGUCAACAAGUCAUGUAUCAGCAAAUCCAGCUGACAGUCAAGAAGACAUACAAGAUGGUGGCAUCCUUUCAGUGCCUGGACCUAACACUACAGUGCCUCCCUCUUCAGUAGUCAGAAGCCAACCAAUUGCCACCCCACCUUUGUCUAGGUGUCGUAUGUUACCAUCCACACCUUCUACACCAAGCAGUCUUCAUCGAAGACUUAACAGUCCCAGCAACAUAAAAAGGCAACCUAAUCAACCUACGUCAACUAGCCCCCCUGUGAACAGGAAACUCCCCACACCACCAGCAGUUCAGAGGAGGCUCCCAAGCCCACCUGCUGCAAAGCAGAACAAUUCAAACGUAAAUUCAUCUUAUUCUUAUCCCUUCAAAGCACCAUCUCCACCAGCCUCACCAAAACUACAACGAUGGUCGAGGGAGAACAGCAGUGAAGACUUAUCUAGUGCUCGGAAGUUCAGCAAUGCUCGUUCAGUCUUCUGCCCUGCAUCUUCAUCCCUGUUUGAAGCCCCACCUUGUCCAGUUCCUCGACCCCCUCAGGCAUGGACCUCUACCGGGGUUUCUUCUGUCUCUUGUGCUUGGGAGAGACGUGGAAGGUUUCCUGUGUCUGUUCAAGGACCUCGGCCUUUUAUCAGACGUAGCUAUUCUGACCGAAGGCCAAGUCUGAGUCUGCCACCAAGAUCCCCGAAGACCUCAGUGGCUGAGACUUGUGGGAGUGAACCAGCAUUAUAUUCACCAGGGCUGGAUGAUGAACCAACCAGGGAGGAUGAACUCUGGGGAAGCCAAUCAGACCUCAGAGCCACACCACGCUCUGCAUCACACCCGGACUUGUGUGUUGUCGGACAGUCCUUGCACAGAGACUAA